AUGAAUUUACCAAUUGAAUCAACAAAAAAAGAGAUUUCAUCUAAUUCAAUAACAUCUCAUUCAAAAACGAAUAGUAUUUCAUCAUCAUCUGCAAUAACACCUGAUCGAUUGGUACGUCAAACUGAUAAACAUAUUUGGCGUGCUAUAGAUUUUUUACACAUUUUUGUUAUGCUUUUUUCAUUUUACACAUCUAUUAUUGUUGCCAUCUUACGAAAUGAACUAUUUCAACAAUGUCCAUUGUAUGCUAAACUUUAUCUUCGUGAUAACGUAACACAAUUUUCUACCGAAACAAUCGCUCAACAAACUGUAUGGGGUGAUGUUUAUACAUGUGAAUUUGCAUCAUUUGCUUAUCUUUCAGCAUUUGUUCUUUCAUUUAUUUCACUUUGGAUUCAUAUCGUUUUUCGACGAGUUAUUCGAACAGAACGUUUACUACGUUUACCAAUUGGAUUAUGUACAUUAAUAUUUGCUUUAAUAACAUUUAUUGCAACAAUAAUUGUUACUGAUGGUGUUAUUAAGUUUUGUUCAAAUAGUGCACAGUAUAUUUGUUCAUCAACAGGUGCAGCAAUAUUUAGACAAUCAAGAUGGAAAAUUCUCAGUUUACCUGUUGGUGGAUGGUUAACAACUUUAUCGAUACUAUUAAAUGUAUUUGUUCGUGGAAUUCAACUUUUUUCUAAACCAAAAAAAUCACCUGAAACAUUAAAAUUACUUCUUAAUCAAUUAAUGGCGCAUCGACAUCAACUUAAAAGUGACAAAGAGAAUAGUGAAUAUGGAUCUCAAACUUCACGACAAUCAACAGAUAAAGAUCGUUCACAGUCUUUACAACGAUAUACUCCAAAGAAUCAUACAUAUCAUCGAGAAUUUUCUCCUGAACUUUAUCCAUAUUAUUAUCCUCCAAUUCCUCCAUAUCGUCAAAUAGAAAAACGUUCACGAUUUCAACGUAUAUGUUGUCCAUGUUUUCGUCGUCGUCAUCGUUCUUAUCAUGAAUCAUACCGACCAUUUACUGUUCCCGAAGAAUAUUUUCACCGUUUAAAUUAUCUUAAACAAAAUGGUACAGUUCCAACAAAUUUAUGUUAUCGUCAUUCAAUGUAUUAUCCUGUUGAACAACAAACACAAACAGAUUUAAUUCCACAACGAAAAAGUAUUGAUGAAACAAGUGAAACAUCAUUUUUAGGACGACGUCGAAGUUCAGUUCGAUUUGAAGAUGAAAUACCAUUAGUUAAAGUUCCUAAUGAAUUAUCUCAAUCACCAAAAAUUGAAUCUGUUUCCAUUGAUAAUAAUAAUAAUAGUAAUAAAGAAAAUCAAGAAACAGUAAUUCCAGUAUCUGAAAAUCAUCUUGACCGAAAUGUAUCAUUUCGUAACAAUGAAGAUGAUUUGUGGACAACUAUAACAGUUAAUACAGAACAAUCCGUAAUUAUUCAAUCAAGUCAUUUCAAUAGAUUAUCUUUAGAAAAUUUAUCUGUUGUUGACACAUCUAUGUCAAAUAACGAUAAUGGCGUUACGGCUAUCCAUAUUAACAGCACUCCUACUGAAUCUCCAUCAUCUGAAAUUGUCGAGCAAAACAUUUUAUCUCCAUCUCAACCAUCUUUCCAAGUAAAACAAUGUCGAUCAACAAUAAAACGUUAUAAACCACUUCUAUCAUCCCCUUCAAGAUCUCAUACAACAUCAAGUGAAGAUGAUGUUGAUUUACAUAAUAUAAAACCUGUUGAAGAAAUUCAUGCUAUUGUAACAGAUAAAUAUAAUUAUAAUAAUUUAUCACAAGCAUUAAAAUCUAAUGUUGAACGUUUAAAAAAUACUUUUAUUCAUGCUCAAGAAAAUCAAUCUCAUUAUGAUAAACCAAAAAAUAUUCGUGCAACAUUAUCACAAAAAUCUUAUCAAAAGUCCAAUAUAACAAAUCAUUCGAGUGAUUGUUAA